AUGGAACAUUCCAAGAAGGGGUUUCUGCCAGUUAGACAUGGUAUUCACCUGUCUAAGAGCAUGAGCCCUACAACCCAAGAAGCAGUGAUACAGAUGAGCAGGAUCCCAUAUGCUUCCGCAAUUGGGAGCCUAAUGUAUGCCAUGUUGUGUAUGAUGCCUAAUAUCAGCUAUGAUGUGAGCAUCACAAGAAGAUAUCAAUCAAACCCAAGAUUAGAACAUUGGAGUGUUGUAAAGACUAUGUUAAAGUACCUUAGAAGGACCAAGGAUAUGUUCAUAGUCUAUGGAGGAAACCCAGAAUUACUGGUGGAAUGA